AUGUCCACUACUAAGUUCGACCCGGCAAAAGACAUUCCCGACUUGACGGGCAAGUCGUUCUUCAUCACCGGUGGCACCAAUGGCUUGGGCGCUCACUCCGCCGUCCAUUUAGCCAACCACAACGCAUCCCACAUCUACAUCAGCGGCCGAAAUGCCCAGAAUGCCGAGAAGAUCAUCGCGCAGAUUCGUGACAGCGGCUCCAGGACCGAAGUCACAUUCGUCGAAUGUGACCUGUCCUCGCUGUCCUCCAUCAAGCAGGCCAUGGACGCAUUCGUCGCCACGGCACCACGACUAGACGUGCUGAUGUGCAAUGCUGGAAUCAUGGCGAAACCGCUAGGUCUCACGAAGGACGGCUACGAGCUUCAAUUCGGCACGAAUCAUCUCGGCCAUGCCUUGCUGAUCAAGAAGCUCUUGCCGCUUCUUGAGAAGACCAGCGCUACGGGCGGCGAUGCGCGGAUCAUCCUUCUUUCAUCCCAGGGCAUGUUUCUUCAUCCCAAAGAUGGGAUAGAUUUCGAUGGCUUGAGGACUGUCCAGGACUUUGGAAUCGGCGGACCAUGGCGGCGCUAUGGUCAGAGUAAAUUGGCCAAUAUGCUCUACGCGCGUCAAUUAUCCGUUCACUAUCCGGAGAUUGUUUCGGUAUCGAUCCAUCCGGGUGUCGUGGCGACGGAUCUGCUGAGUUCUGGCAAAUUGUGGAAACGAGUUUCCGGCUACUCGACGAGUCUUGGACUUACGCUGGCGCCGGAAGAAGGUGCUUUCAACCAAGUGUGGGCGGCUACGGUGGAGAGGGAAAAGAUUCAGAGCGGAUCUUAUUACGAGCCUGUUGGGGUAGUGAGUGAUAAGAAGUUGGACAAGACGGGUCAAGAUGAUGAGCUGGCGAAGAAGCUCUGGGACUGGACCGAGGAUGCGUUGAAGGAGUACUAA